UGGAGUGACUCUUCUCUCUCUCUCUCUCUGAAGUGACUCCUCUCUCUCUGGAGUGACUCCUCUCUCUCUGAAGUGACUCCUCUCUCUCUGGAGUUGCCUCUGCAACUGCACAGGCUGCAGCACGCUUGGCCCGUUGGUACCCAUCAGCUGCCUCAGGAGUCCCACGAGCGAACAAGGCCCGAUAGGACUCCUUCUUCAGCUUGACGGCAUCCCUUACUUCCGGUGUCCACCACCGGGUUCAAGGAUUGCCGCCGCGACAGGCACCACAGACCUAACGCCCACAGCUCCGAGCAGCCACAUUGACAAUGGAGGUGGAGAACAGAGCCCACUCGGACUCCAUAUCUCCAGCCUCUCCUGGAAUCCGGGAGAAGUCCUCCUGGAGGUGAGAGUUGAAGGUCCCUCUGACAGAGGCUCCACCAGACGUUCCCAACAGACCCUCACUACACGCUUGGGCCUGCCAGGUCUUUCCGGCUUCCUCCUCCGCCAGCGAACCCAACUCACAACCAGGUGGUGAUCAGUUGACAGCUCAGCCCCUCUCUUCACCCGAGUGUCCAAGACACGCAGCCGGAGAUCAGAUGACACGACGACAAAGUCGAUCAUCGACCUCCGGCCUAGGGUGUCCUGGUGCCACGUGCACUUAUGGACACCCUUGUGCUCGAACAUGGUGUUUGUUAUGGACAAACUGUGAUUAUCACAGAAGUCCAAUAACAAAACACUGCUCGGGUUCAGAUCAGGGAGAACGUUCCUCCCAAUCACCGCUCUCCAAGUGUCACUGUCAUUGCCCACGUGGGCGUUGAAGUCCCCCAGGAGAACAACGCAGUCCCCGGUUGGUGCACUGUCUAGUACCCCUCCCAGGGACUCCAAGAAGGCCGGGUACUCUGCACUGCUGUUCGGCCCGUAGGCCGACACCACAGUGAGAGACCUGUCCCCGACCCGAAGGCGCAGGGACACGACCCUCUUGUUCACUGGGGUGAACUCCAACACACGGCAGCUGAGCUGUGCCCGGCCGGGCCCCGUGGGGGCCACCAGAUGACGCCGUCGUGCUCCUACCCCAGGCCUGGCUCCAGGGUGGGGCCCCGGUAACGCCAUUCCAGGCAACAUAACUGGCCUCUGUGUUGCACUCAUCAUAAGGGGCUUCUGAACCGUUCUUCGUCUGACCCGUCCCCCAGGACCUGUUUGCCUUGGGUGACCCUACCAGGGGCAUGAAGCCCCCGACAACAUAGCUCCCGGGAUCAUUCGGGCACUCAAACCCCUCCACCACGAUAAGGUGACGGUUCAAGGAGGGGCCAAUGCUAGUCAUGUCCAUUCAAACACUGUAAGUCUUUAUUUAUACAGCGCUUUUCACAGACAUUUUUUGGUCACAAAGACGCUUUACAGAACAUUACAUUCAGCAUUAUCAAUUCACUCUAUUCCUGGUGAUGGUAAGCUACUGUUGUGGCCACAGCUGCCCUGGGGCAGACUGACAGAAGCGCACUGUCAUGCCAAUCGGCGCCAACAGUCCCACCGACCACCACCAUCACUUACACACAGUGUGGGUGAAGUGUCUAGCCACUAGCACCAGUGCUAAUUUCCACCUGUCAGCUUCAUUGAUUGUAUUUAACUGACCUUGACUAUCAACUGUUCAUGGAGACCUGUAGCAUGUUUUGGUUUGAUGGGGGAAACCGGAGCACCUGGAGGAAACCCAUCCAGACACAGGGAGAAACAUGAACACACAGAAAGGCCCGGGUGACCCGGGAGCCUUCUUGCUGUGAGGCAUGAGUGCUAGUGCUAGUGCUCAGCCACCGUGCUGCCACUGUCAAGACAGAGUGCAGAGUCUCCAGUCUCCAGCUGUUUGUCAGUGAAGAGCGACUGGUCCAUGGAAAGACCUCCAGAGUUUAGAGCUGAACCUCCUCCAAACACUUUACAGAGUGCAGAGCGUCCAGUCUCCAGCUGUUUGUCAGUGAAGAGCGACUGGUCCAUGGAAAGACCUCCAGAGUUUAGAGCUGAACCUCCUCCAAACACUUUACAGAGUGCAGAGUCUCCAGUCUCCAGCUGUUUGUCAGUGAAGAGCGACUGGUCCAUGGAAAGACCUCCAGAGUUUAGAGCUGAACCUCCUCCAAACACUUUACAGAGUGCAGAGCGUCCAGUCUCCAGCUGUUUGUCAGUGAAGAGCGACUGGUCCAUGGAAAGACCUCCAGAGUUUAGAGCUGAACCUCCUCCAAACACUUUACAGAGUGCAGAGUCUCCAGUCUCCAGCUGUUUGUCAGUGAAGAGCGACUGGUCCAUGGAAAGACCUCCAGAGUUUAGAGCUGAACCUCCUCCAAACACUUUACAGAGUGCAGAGCGUCCAGUCUCCAGCUGUUUGUCAGUGAAGAGUGACUGGUCCAUGGAAAGACCUCCAGAGUUUAGAGCUGAACCUCCUCUAAACACUUUAGCAGUGUCUCCAGCUCACAGAGAUUUGUCACUGAAGAGAGAUGGAUCAAAGAUGAACUUAAGUUGUGAAUCUGCACCUUCAGAAACUAUAGAGGAGACACGGCAGAUUGAAGAUUCAGACAUGGUCCUUGAAUCCUGUCUGUAUGAAUAUAAGCAGAUUCUGCAGAAGAGAAGUGAGAGUGUGACUGAGGGAAUGGACAGAGCUGCUCCUCAGGCCUCUUUAAACAGCAUCUACACAGAGCUGUACAUCACAGAGGGCCAGAGGCCUGAGACCAAGGCCCAACACGAGGUCAUCUGGCUGGAGACAGUCACAGUGGAGGACGCAGUGCAAGACUCUGUGAUCAGGUGCAGUGACAUUUUUAAGGCCUUCACUGAAGAGCAGCGGACCCUCAGGCUGGUGCUGACCAGUGGAGUGGCUGGAGUGGGGAAGACCUUCUCAGUCCUGAAGUUCUGUCUGGACUGGGCCCAGGGCUCAGAGAACCAGGAUCUGGACCUGGUGCUGCCGCUGUCCUUCAGAGAGCUAAACUUGACCAGAGAGGGGCGCUACAGUCUGCUGGAGCUCAUACAGGUGUUCCACCCCUCCCUGAGCACUCUCUCGGCUCAGACUCUGCUCCAUCGUAAAGUCCUGUUGAUCUUUGACGGCCUGGAUGAGAGUCGGCUGCCUCUGGACUUCUACUGUGAGGUCAUCUCUGAUGUCACACAGAAGUCAGAGGUCAACAUACUGCUAGUGAACCUCAUCAAUGGGAAGUUGCUUCCUGCUGCCCUUUUAUGGAUCACCUCCAGACCGGCAGCAGCCAAUCAGAUCCCUGCUCAUCAUGUGCACAGGGUCACAGAGGUGCGGGGCUUUGUCACUGAUGCUCAAAAAAAACAGUAUUUCACUAAGAGGUUCUCUGACCAGCAGCAGUGUGACACUGUCCUGUCCCACAUCAGAGGCUCCCACAGCCUCCACACCAUGUGCCAGAUCCCAGUCUUCUGCUGGAUCACAGCCACCGUCCUGGACCACAUGAUGAACACCGAGCAGAAGGACACACUCCCCCAGACCCUCACUGACCUGUACGCACACUUCCUGAUGGGUCAGAGCUGGAGAAAGAGACUCAAGUAUCCACAAGACUCAGAGAAGCAGGGACAGCCUGGCACUGAGCUGUCAGUGGAUGACAGAACACUGCUGCUGAGGCUGGGCAGGCUGGCCUUCGAGCAGCUGGAGGCAGGAAACCUCCUGUUUUAUGAAGAAGAUCUGAAGCAUGUGGGUUUGAACGUCACGGACGCUGUAGUUCAGGUCGGAGUUUGCUCAGAGAUAUUCAUAAGAGAUUGUGUCUUACUUGACAAACCAAUCUACUGCUUCAUUCACCUGAGUGUCCAGGAGUUUCUGGCUGCAGUUUAUCUGAUUCACACCUACAUAGAGUCAAAUGUCUUGAAAUGGAUUCUGCGAAAUGACCGUCAGCAUCCAACUAUCACCAUUUUUCUCAGAAAAGUCAUGAAAAAAUCUCUUAAAAGUAAAACUGGCCACCUGGACCUGGUUGCACGGUUCCUUCAUGGUCUCUGCCUUGAGUCCAACCUGAAAGUCCUGCAGGGACUUCUGGGUCAGUUGGAAAUGGAUGUAGAAACAACAGAGAAAGUCGUAAAUAAUCUGAAGGAAAUGAACGUGGCCCAGGUCUCUGCUGACAGAAGCAUCAACCUCAUCCAUUGUUUGAUGGAGAUGAGAUACAACGUCCAAGAGGAGAUCCAAGUUCUCCUGAAGGCACAGAGAAAGUCCACCAGACUGUCAGAUAUCCAGUGCUCAGCCUUGUCCUACAUGCUGCAGUUCUCAGAGGAGGUUAUUGAGGAGUUCGACAUGAGGAGCUACAGCGUGUCACAACAAGGCAAAGAGAGACUGGUGCCUUGUGUAAGAAACUGCAGAAAGGCUGUAUUGGACUGUCAGCCAUCAGAUGUUAACGCUGAGAUUGUGGCAUCUGCUCUGAGUUCUGACCCCUCCCACCUGCAGGAGCUGGAGCUGAUGUCCAUCCAGGACUCAGGGCUGAAGAUCCUGUGCUCUGGACUGCAGAAUCCCAACUGUCGACUGCAGACUCUGAGGCUGAGAUGGGACCAGGGAUCAGCGUGCUGCUUAACACCUCUGGUGUCAGCUUUGAAGUCCAACCCCUCACACCUCAGAGAGCUGAGUCUAAUGAACAUCCACUCACUGGAGUCAUACAUGGAGCAGCUGUGUGAGUUCCUGCAGAGUCCAGACUGUUGCCUGGAAACACUCAGAUAUAUGAACUGCACUUGGACGCAGAUGAGCUGUUCUGUUUUGGCCUCAGCUCUGAAAACUAACCCUGCUCACGUGAAAGAACUGGAUUUAAGGAAUAAUGACCUGGACUCAGGAGUGGAGCAUCUGUGUGAGUUUCUGAAGAGUCCAGACUGUCAUCUGAAGACAUUGAGAUUGAGAAUGUGCAGUUUGUCAGAGUCCAGCUGUUCCUCUCUGGGCUCUGCUCUCACGUCAAACCCCUCACACCUGAAAGAACUGGACCUCAGUGCAAACAGUGAUAUAAAGGACUCAGGAGUGGAGCAUCUGUGUGGAUUUCUGCAGAGUCCAGACUGUCGACUGGAGACUCUCAGAGUGAAGUCCUGCAGUUUGUCAGAGUCCAGUUGUUCCUCUCUGGCCUCUGCUCUGACGUCAAACCCCUCACACCUGAGAAAACUGGAACUCAGUGAAAACAGUGAUAUAAAGGACUCAGGAGUGGAGCAUCUGUGUGGAUUUCUGCAGAGUCCAGACUGUCGACUGGAGACUCUCAGAUUGUCCAGCUGCAGUUUGUCAGAGUCCAGCUGUUCAUCUCUUGCCUCUGCUCUAAAUUCUAACCCCUCACACCUGAGGGAACUGAACCUCAGUGAAAACAGUGACAUAAAGGACUCAGGGGUGGAGCAUCUGUGUGGAUUUCUGCGGAGUCCAGAUUGUCGACUGGAAAAUCUGAGAUUGUCCAGCUGCAGUUUGUCAGAGUCCAGCUGCUCCUCUCUGGCCUCUGCUCUGAAGUCUAACCCCUCACACCUGAGAGCACUGGACCUCAGUGAAAACAGUGAUAUAAAGGACUCAGGGGUGGAGCAUCUGUGUGGAUUUCUGCAGAGUCCAGACUGUCGACUAGAAAAACUGAGAUUAUGUUCCAGUGGAAUAUCAAGAUCCAGUUUCUCUUCCAUUAAAACGAUUCUGAAGUCUGGGUCAUCGUUGCUGAAAGAGCUGAGCUUGACUGUUGAUGGAGAUCCACUUUCUGACGAGAAGGACCUCGACCGGAUUGGAACCUGUCACCUGGACAUUACUUUUAUAUCAUUUGCACAUGGAGUGAUGUAUCAUAGUGAUGAUGACUAUGAUUAUAGAAACGAUGACUACGACGACAGAGACGAUUACGACGACAGAGACGAUUACGACGACAGAGACGAUUACGACGACAGAGACGACGACUACGACGAUAGAAACGAUGACUACGAUGAUAGAUACGAUGACUACGAUGAUAGAAACGAUGACUACGACAAUUAUGACGAUAGAAACGAUGACUACGAUGAUAGAUACGAUGACUACAACGAUGGACAUGAUUACUAUGAUGAUUGAAGCGAUUAAUUCACUAUGACAAUAGAAACUAUGACUACACCACUAAAAACGAUGAAUGCAAUGAUGGAAACAAUGACCACAACGAUGGAAACAAUAACUAUGAUGAUAAAAACUAUUACUAUGACUAUAUAUGAGAUUAUCUUUUCAAAGUGUUCCUUUCAUUUUUGAGCAGUGUAUAUGGAAUUAUGGAGCAAGUGAAAAAGUUAAAUAACUCUUUUAUAUUCAAAUCCUUGAUGUAGCCACCUUUUUCUUCAAAAACAUACAUAAUUCCAUAUAUCAUACUUCAUAUAAUUGAUGUCUUCUGUAUGUAUAAAAUGUAGAAAGUAGGAAAAAGAAGUAAACAAAACUUUGAAUGAAAGGGUGUGUCCAAACUUUUGACUGGUUGUGUAUGUGCAUUUUGUACAAAACCUCCAUUGAUCAAAAUCAAAUCUAACUUUUUUCUAAUUCUUAACACAGUGUACUGAGUUAGUGUUGUUUGUUUCUGUUUCCAUUUAAACUGAUCCAAUGAGGUCACUCCCAUUUCACUUUAUAGAGAGUUGUGCUUGUAACUGAGUAAAAAUACACAAGUGCUUUUUGCAGUGAUUUUAUUCCUAUUUUUAUUGCAUGUUUUAUUUGUGUGCUUUUAUUUUGAAAUUAUUUUUUUCUGCGCAUGCUUUGUGGUUUCACUUCCUGUUUUUAAUGACCUUUUUUCUCUGUAAUUCCACUCAUGACUGGAAACUAAACCAGGACUAAAACAGGACUAAACCCGGUCUAAACCCCAAACUAAACCAGGUCUAAACCAGGACUAAAACAGGACUAAACCAGGUCUAAACCAGGACUAAAACAGGACUAAACCAGGACUAAACCCAGAUCUAAACUAGGUCUAAACCAGGACUAAAACAGUACUAAAACAGGACUAAACCAGGACUAAACCAGGUCUAAACCAGGACUAAACCAGGUCUAAACCAGGACUAAACCAGGUCUAAACCAGGUCUAAACCAGGACUAAACAGGACUAAAACAGAUCUAUACCAGGACUAAACCAGGACUAAAUCAUGCUGUGUGGACGUGUCUCCUCGUCUUCUAUCAAUAAUAUUUUUAAUUUGGUUAAGUAAAGACUCGGCUUUUUUAUUUUCUUUUAGCAGACAAAACAUCUUAUGUUACGAUUUCCUCAUCUUUGCUUCUCUACAGCAAAUCAAGUAAUCCAAAGUAUUCAGAUUACGUUACAAACUACAUUUUGGGAUCUGUAAUCUGUAGUGGAAUACAUUUUAAAAGUAAACUUCCCAACACUGGUUUUACCUCACUGAUUGUUUUUUUUUUAUGUAAAUAAAUGUAUUGUAUUGUU